CUUGAUUUGUAGAACAGCGAAUGCAUUAGAUAGAGAGAAUGCAUUGUAUUUUAUUUGUUUUUUCGUGUUGAUUUUUGAUUUUGGCAGAAAUUAAAAAAAUAUAAAAAAAUAAAAAAAGUUGUGAAAUGUAUACAAAUGUUUAAUGGAGAAUGUUUACAAAACAUACAUAUGUACAAUAUACAUAUAAUAAGUCCGAGAAAGAGUAUAAUCAUGCAAAAAAAAUGUUGGUAGAGAGCAUUUGUGUGCUGCGCUCUGUUCCAAAACAAAUGUGGUGACGUCACGAACGAUGAUUCUAUCGUUUGCUUUACUUUGAAAUAUCUAUCAUUCGGUGCACUAACAGAUUCAAAUUUAUUUUAGCUUAUACCAAUAACGAAAGGAGAAUUAACUUCAUCCAUCGGACAAAAUAUUUAGUAGUGAAAUGAAAAAUAAUUUUCAACUAGUUUUAAAUUUUUAAGCGAUAAGUGGCCAAAUAUGAAGUGAAAAUUUUGAAGUAAUUGAAAUUGGCAUCAGUUAGAAAAUAUUGCUUUCCUGAGCAUUUGUGGAUAUAAAUUUGUUAAAAUAUAAAGUUUGUUUAUGAUUUAAAAUGGUUAUAGUCGCGGAAAACUUCGCCAAAACCGAGAGUAUUUUUGACAUUAACAGGAUGGUGCAAAUAGAAAUGCAGGAGGUUUUAAAAUGGGCGCAUGAGCACCAGUUAUAUGCCACACUCAGUCCUAUGAUAUGUGGCAUUUGUUUAGCAUUUUUUUCAUAUAUGCUUGUGUAUUUGGAUAGCGACGUGCCAGGCUUAAAUCCUCCUUCACCUUUUUCACCGGUUAAACAAACAUACCUUCGCGAAAGACGCAGUGCCUUACAUUUGGGUUAUAUAAUGGCUUUAGCUUCUGGUUUAAUAGUCACUAUCCUUUUAUAUUGUGAUUUCAGUAGUGUAAACUAGCUUGAAAAUUAUUCAUGAAUAGUACCUGUUAAGAAAAUAUGAUUAAUGAAUUAAAAAAAAAAAACUAAGUACAAAUUAUUUUAAGUAUUCAGAAAAGUAUUAGUAUCCUUUAAUACCUACAAAUGCAUAAUUUAUUAUAUUAUAUGAACACAAAGUGUACAUAUUUGUAGAUGUCUAACCAAAUAUACCUGCUUAUUUUCAUAUAUUUGAUGUUUAAAAAAAUA